AUGGAAAGUAUACUUGAGCAACAACGUAAAGCACAUGAAGAAAUUGAAAGACUGGAGCAAGCGAUUGUUGAUCAGUUCAUGAAAGAUCCUAAAUCGCAUAAAGAGCGUCUCACUCGAGAACAUCGAGUUAGCGAUUUUUUAGAUAGGAUAAGUUCACGAAGUAAAUUUUUAUAUGAGUUGUACGACGAUUCAGACGGAGCGAGAAAAAAUGAAAUCGAUGCACUAUCUGGAACUUCGGAAUUUAGCGAGUUUUAUGGUCGCUUAAAAGCCAUUAAAGAUUAUCACCGUCGAUAUCCCAACGAGACAGUCGAACCAUUAGAAUUAGAAUUUAUAAAUCAAGCAAAGGAGAAUGGAGAAGAUGAUCUUGAUAAAUUGUUUUCUGGAGAAGAAGGAAGCGGUCGAUUUUUAGAUUUACACUCACUUCAUGAGCAAUAUGUGAAUUUAAAAAAUAUUAAAAAAUUAGAUUAUCUUACAUAUUUAGGAGAAUUUGAUCAUUUUUCAGAUUAUUCUAGAGAAAACAAACACGGGGAAUAUGUAAAGAGAGUGAAACCUCUUUCAAAUCUUGAAGAUAUCAGGCAGGAAACAGAAAACGAAUUUAAGACACUUUGGACGCAAGGAAAAGUCCCAGGCAAAAAGGGUUAUUCCAAGGAGACUGUCUAUGAUGCUCAUCUCAAAAGUAAAAAACAUAUAAAAGCUGCUAAUGAGAUGAUAACAAAAGGCGUUGCUGCCGUAGAUAAAGAAGUCGAAGAGAAAAUGAAAAAACAAGCAGCGGAAGAAAAAGAUAAACGAGAUCGAGACAUCGCGUUUUUGGAAGCAUUAAUUCAAAAAUAUGCACAAGUUCUAGGCUCACAGAGAGAGGACACUAAAGCUAAUGUUGAAAGAAAACGUGCAUUGACUGAUCGAGAGCGCCGAAUGGAGCUAGAAGCCGAAGAAGUAGAUGAUGUAGAAACGGAGUCGGAGGACGAGGAUAAAAUCUAUAAUCCUCUCAAAUUACCACUUGGAUGGGAUGGUAAACCCAUUCCAUACUGGCUAUAUAAGUUACACGGGCUCGGCGUUGAGUAUCCUUGUGAAAUUUGCGGGAAUUACGUUUAUAUGGGACGAAAAGCAUUUGAUCGACACUUUCAGGAAUGGCGGCAUGCUCAUGGAAUGCGAUGUCUAGGUAUACCGAAUACUCGGCAUUUUCACGAGAUAACUCUGAUCGAAGAUGCUUAUGCUUUAUGGGAAAAGCUUAAAAGUACAAGUAAAACCGAUGAUUUUAAAGCAGAUACAAUGGAAGAGUUUGAGGAUGUUGAAGAACUUAGCAAGCUAUUUAGAACAAAGAUGCAAAACAACUCUGAGCCAAUUAAAGAGGCUUUUGCUCAACUUGAGACGUUUCUUGAGCAAAACCCAGCUCAAAAUGAGACUCGGCGUCGUGGGAGACCUCCCAAGAAAGAAAAUACGAUACAAAAAGUUCUGCAGGACAUUUUCAAUCGACUCAAAGAUGAGUUGGCAAAACCGAGAUACAUUUAUAGCGUUACUCCCGAUGUAAUACAGCAUAACGUCUUUUCUUUGGAAAGUUUAUUAAAGAAACAUGAUCCACUUAAAAGUACGACAAAGAAGGUGAUGGAUAUCAUAAACGUUGUAAUUGGCAUUAUUGCUAAUAGUAAAAUAUUCGAGAGACAACCGGGAAGGAAUUGGGAAAAAUCUACAAUUAUAAACGUGACUAUUGAUCGAGAAACUGUGGGAAAAAUAUUGCUAAAAUCACUUACAGAAGUGCUGUUAAAAUCAGCAUUAAAUGUCGAAGUUCGUAGAAUGACUUCCGAUUUGAUCAAUACUCUCUUGACUGGUUGCAAAGAAAACAAAAAACUACUGAGUCAUGGAAAAAUUCUUGAUAUAUAUAACCUUGCUUUAUCUAUGAAAUCAGCUGGAGACUACGAACUUCAAUUUCGUCAUCUCGAAAUUCUAUUUCGCUUGUCCCCUAGAAUGCAAGAGGACCGCGAAAUAUUCGCAAAUAAAGCAUUCAAGGGUGAUUUUCAACUGACCGAUCUUUUUCUGGGAAUAACUGCAGAUGAUUUUGUACAAGAUACUCGUAAUUUUCUUAAUGCGCUCAAUUAUGGAAAUGAUGGCUGGUCCAAAACACCAAAGACAAUCAAGGUUACAAGAAUACAAUACAAUCAAAUAGAAUUUGAUCGGCCAGAUAGGCAAGAUUGUUUUUUCGUCGAUUUCAAUAAAUGGACAAUUUCUAUGUCAGUCCAAGCUUCAAAUACGGAUCCAGAAGAUGAAGGGUGUGACAUCAUUGACGUAAAAUAUCAAAAAAUCAAUAGCUGGGAGACUGUGUUCGAGUCUUAUUGUCAAAUUCUUAAAAUAUAUUUAACAGAAUCUCUUAAAAUUGGCGAGAAUGAUGAAAUGCUCACGGAACACACUACUAAUAAUGGUGAUUUUACAAUAUCUAUGACAAUUGCUUCCUCAGAAGGUAAUAUCAAAGAAAGUCUAGCUAAAAUUUUCUCUAGUCAUAAAGUGAAUUAUCACACGCAGCCAAAGGUAUCAGUUUCUGUAAAUGUGUUACAUCCCCCGCAUGCUUCAAUUGAAAACGCAGCUUUGGCACUCGCUACUCUCAGUAGUUCACUCGAAGCAUCACAAACUCCCGUGGUUCAAUGUCCAACUCGUAAACAAAAGAAAGAUGAAAAUAAACUUGAGCCUCGUGCUGGCACAUCUCAAGCAGCACAAAGAAGUAAUCCAGAUAGUGAUUCACAAUCAACACGUGCAUCUAGUUCACCUAGACCUUUACAAGAGUCAAGUUUAAAUUUCAUUAACAGUUCAUCUUCACGUAAUGACUCGUUACCAUUUAUGAAUGUCGAGUCGGAUGCUGAAUCACAUUUUCCUUUUCCGGCCAAAAAGCGUCCAAAGCCGUUGAAUCUUUCUGCUUCAAAGAAACGACAAAGAACUGACGAUAUAAAUUCUGGACAAACUGUGAAUAUUAAUAAUAAGAGAGAAAUUAAUAGGAAUACAACUAUCAAUAAUCCUGCGAAUAAUGAACUGCAAAAUAACAAUUUACGAAACUACGAUAUCGAGUUUAACAAAACAAAAACUAUAGGAAAAUCAGAUAAUCGUGCAACUAUGCAAACUCGUGAUAUUCUCAAUUUCGAUGUUGGAGAUGAAGCUGAAGACGCAAUUGACAUCCAAACAACUCGACGAACUUCAAAAAUCAAUGAUAGAAUGCAAAUAGAGCAAUCAAGAAAAUUUGGAAGCUCAACUCAAGUUGAUUUCAACGAAGCACAAAAUCAGUUUCAUCCAACAAUAAAUAAUCAACCAAUUAACAAUAUUGAAAGGCAACAAUUUGUUCGUAAAUCUACAACAUUAACAUCAUCCCGGGAUCAAGCUGCAAUUUCAAACAGAGACUCACGUGGAAAUCGCCCAGAAAAUAAUUUGAGCAAAGAUAUUCGUAAUAAUAAAGCACCUGUAAAGCCCACUCAAAAACAACCGAUAAGAAAAGAAGUGAAGAUUACCGAUGAAGGAAGCCCAAUAGUAAACGCUAAUAACAAUCCAUUUGAUUUUCCUAUUCAAUCCGAAAGCGAUAACUCCUCCAUAUAUACAAUUCAAGAAGAUGAAGACAAUUCAGGCUUAACUUUAUCAAAAUCAUAUUAUAACUGGAAAAAGUCUAACGAUGAUAGACAACGACAAAUAAGAAAACAAGUGUCUAAUAGUGAUCAAAGUGACACGGAUAAAACUCAAAGGGAAAGAGAAAAAGCUGCAAAUAAUGUUGGUGAUUUUACUCGAAGUAAAUUAAUGAACCCCUACGAAACUCAGAAUAGUCAAGACGAACAUGCUAAUGAAAAGUUAAUUGAAGAAGAGAAAAAUGAAACUACGAGUUUUGCUGAUGAUCAAUUAGAUCAAGAAAUAAGAACAUUAUUACAAAGUGUUGGCGAGACAAUAUUUCGAAAUUACCAACGGCAGGAUGCUACUCUAUUUCAAGCCACACAAAAUGCUCUUUUGCAAAAUGAAACUGAAGUAUUUCAUGGAAUAGAUCGACAAAUAGAACGCAAGAAAGAGCUUCUUGGCACCUAUAAAGAGCACUACACUUCAAUAUCAUCAGACUCGCAAGAAAUCGUAAAGCAAUUAAAAGAGUCCCGUAAUGAGCUGGCAAAUUUGGACUCUACUGUCCUAAUAGAUAUGGAGAAACCAGCAACGAUGAAUAUGGAAGAGAUAGAAAAUAAUACUUAA